AUAAGGGAUAACUUGGCUGCCGCAUCAAAGCAGUUCCGCAAAAGGACCAAAGACGUUAAUAUCUGGGGAGAUGCGUUGUGUAUUAACCAAGUCGACCUGGAUAAAAAGAGAGUGCAACUUUCAAGAAUGGGCCAGAUAUUUAGCGAGGCUACUUUCGUCUCCGUCUGUCUUGGAGCUGGCGAGCCCGAGACUAAAGAAACUUUCGACUUCCUCAAGUGUAUUAAGGACUUGAAGGUUCAAGACUGUCAUGAAACCGGGUCUCUGGGCUUGGAAAGCAAGGUAGAGUGGCUCUUAAUCCGAGGAUUCUAA